AUUGCUGGGAUGCUGAAAUGUUGUUGUGUUUGUGUUGAGUGUUGACUGUUUUACCAUUUCUGUUCAUCACUUUCAUGACUUUCUUCAGAUUAGUUGAGUGGGUUGAGUUUUGUCUUUUAGAGACUCUUUAGACCUUUGGUUGCAUUAAAAGUAUUAAAACACUUACACUCAUUACAGUACAUUAUUAGUAUACUAAGUGGAAGCUAGACCCAUAAUCUUCAAAUAUCAAUUAUUUUCAAUCUGUGCUAAUACCCAUAGGUUCUAUUUCUUUGGGUUUUUUUACUUGACGACAACGAACGACAAUGAUGGACAUGAUGUGAUAGAAGGGAUUAGAACUAAUAGAAGCCUGGUACAAAACAAAAUCUGAAUAUUCACAAUAUACUUGCUUGUAUCAGAAAAUAGAAUAUUUUGAUAUGGUGAAAACUCGCACUAAAGAUGAACUUGCAGAAUCAUCAGGUAUCAGCACUUCCAGCCCAUCUCCUGCUUCAGCAGGAACCCCUCAGACUGGUGCACCUGAAGAAUUUUCAGUGGAGAAAAUAUUGGAUAAGAGAUCAAGAAAUGGAAAGAUAGAGUAUCUUCUGAAAUGGAAGGGAUAUAAUGAAGAAGACAAUACAUGGGAACCAGAGGAAAAUUUGGAUUGUCCUGACCUUAUUGCUGCAUAUGAAUCAAAAAUCCAGCUAGGCCCUGAAGAUGCUGAUAAAUCUAAGAGAAAAAAUAUUACUGAAGAUAAUCGUGCUAGAGGGUUUGAUAGGGGUCUUGAACCUGACAAAAUUGUGGGUGCAACAGAUGCCAGUGGUGAACUCAUGUUCCUCAUGAUGUGGAAAAACUGUAAACAAGCUGAUUUGGUACCAGCCAAUCAAGUGAAUGUGAGAUGUCCAGAUAUAGUAAUAAACUAUUAUGAAAACAAAAAGCAGUGGUAUAGUAAGGAAACUGUUAUUGAAUUAGAUUAGGUUCAUGGAUAGAUUUCAUAUUGUGAGGUUGGCUAUACAGAGAUGUUAAAUAUGUCAAAUUUGAAUAAAAUAAGCUGGGAAAUCAGCACCAUUGAUAAAAUUAUCAAAUUUCCUUGUAAAUUGCUAUCAGAUCAAAAACAAGUGAAUUGUCAAUUAUUAUAAAAAAUAAGCAAGAACAACCUUUUGGAACCAUUGUUUUUAUACUAAUCAUAAUCAAUUAAUCAUAGACAAUCAGAUUGUCUAUGAUUAUAAUUGACAUUGACAACAUAUAAUUUCAUUCAUUUGAUAAAUUAUAAAUGACACUCAAAUCCAGAGAACUAUUUUUCAUCUACCUACUAAAUGAUUUCGGGAAUAGCUUGAGAAUAAAAUGUCUGAAAAAACA